UUACAAUGGAAUUAUUCAUAUGUUGGGCCGCAGAGAGGACAUGAAGAGGCAAUGAUAAUUUUUGAAGAAAUGAAGGCUUGUGGUAUAUUACCAAGUGUUCAUACAUAUAGUAGUCUGAUUUAUGGAUUUUGCAAACAAUGUCAUUUCUCAAAGGGCUUUGCUCUCUUAGAGGAAAUGGCUUCUGUUGGAAUAAAACCUAACAUUAUUUGUUACAGCAUGUUCCUGAACGGGUUAUCUAAGAACCAAGAAAUUGAAAUUGCUGUAAGAUUUUUUCAUAAAUUGGCAGCUCUUGGCUAUGACCAUGAUGAAGUUACAUAUGGCAUCAUAACUGAUGGGUUUUGUAGAAAUGGUGAAAUGGCUAUUUCCCACAACUACCUGAAUGCAAUGGUUAAAAAUAACAUUGUGCCUGAUAUUUUCUGCUACACCAGUUUAAUUCAUGGAUAUAGCAGAUGUGGGUGCCUACAGGAAGCUCUUAACGUCUUUAUUCUCAUUAAUACAUACAACACAGUGAUUGAUGGACUUUGUAAGGAAAACAAGGCUUCUGAAGCAUGGUCAUUAUUUCAUGAGCUGGUAAAGAGGGGACUUGUUCCUGAUAAUGUUGUCUAUGGCAGCAUGGUUGAUGGUCUAGUGAAGCAAAAUGACUUUAAAAAUGCAUUUGAGUUGUAUACUAGAAUGACAAAAGAUGGAAUUCAACUUAAUGCAGUGACGUAUACAAUUUUUAUACAUGGUCUUUGGAAGAACAACAUGACACAUGAAGCUAUGAGUUUAUUUAAGGAAAUGAUUAGCAAACAAGUGAAUCCUGAUACUGUUGCUUACACAUCAUUAAUUUCUGCAUAUUGCAGGAGUGGAAAUAUGAAGAAAGCUUGGGAACUAUUUUCUACAAUGUUGUACAGUGGAUUAUUACCUGAUGUUGUCACAUUUACAUGUUUGGUUGAUGGAUACUGUAAGCUAAGCUGUUUGGUGAAAGCUUCAGCACCAUUUCAGGGUCUACAACCUUACAGAGGCCAUACUAUCAGUCAGCUUUCGGGUAAAACAAUCCCAUGCUAGAAGAAUUAUAACAAUUGCAGAAUAGGCAUGCCAUGACCCUAUAUUCACACCUAGCAAUGCUAAAAAUGUAAUUAACAGGGUACAUGAAGCCACUGUUAUUGUACUAAUGUGCCUAUUCGUUUCACAAAAUGAUUACUGAUAAUGACUGACAAUACUAGUUGUAAAAAUGCAUUAGAUGUAUCCACCAGAUAGAUGUACCAUCCCAAGUUUAGUAAUACUACUGCAUGAGAAUAGCAAAACCACAGGAUAUAAGGAACUGAAAACUUUCACGAUUUGUGGUAGUAUCCUAGAGCUUGAUCUGUUCUCUGUUCUGCAAGGCAGCAAGUUCGGAAGGGUUAACCAAGAAAAAAAAGGAGUAGCAAUCCAUACUUGUUCAAGUAUACUUCCAGUUGAAGAGUCGCCUCAUCUCUAUAUACUCUUGAACCAGAUGAAAUCAAUAACAUCGCCGUGAGACACACCAAAACAAUUGCAUAAACAAGCUGACAGAAACCCAGAGGACAAUGGAACACACAUGCACCUAUACGAUGCAUGUAUUAUACCUAUAUGAUAAGUCUUUGUUGCAGGCAAGCUUGAUGAGGCAUAUUCUGCAAGAAUAAGCCCAGCCCUUAAGAUGGGGAUCACCUGCCAAACAAAGAUACGUCAGGAGUUCAUACUCUAGCUAUCAAACCAGGAAGUUUCUCCAUUCUCAUAAAAACCAAAAAGAAAAUCACAGG